AUGGAGGCGGUGGAAGACGCCACAACCCUGGAGGCCGCGAUUGGGUGGCUUGCCGACACCAUCCUUGCAAACCUCCCAGCCGGCGGCAAGCUGGAUUCCUGGAUCCGGCAAGCUGGCCUCGGCAACGACAUCGGGAAGCUCAAGACCGAGGUCGAGGCGGUGGAGAUGGUGAUUUCUGCUGUGCAGGGGAGGGCGGCCGGGAACAAGCCGCUGGCCCGAUCCCUCGCAGCCGUCAAGGAGCUGCUCUACCACGCGGACGAUGUGGUCGACGAGCUCGACUGUUACAGGCUCCAGCAGCAGGAGCUCCAACCUGAGACACUGCUCCAAACGGAUGGACAUGGACCGCUGCAAACUGUUGAGACUUCCACAGAAAAUGCUGAUGAUGUACAGAGUAGCAGCAAUGGCAGGUUACGGUCCAAGGAAUGGGUUCACUUUGACAUCAUAGACACUGCACAAAAUGGAGGGCCUUCGAGAGCAAGAUGCAAGCGCUGUCAAAUGGUGCUUAUGUGCGAUACCAGAAAUGGGACAUCAGUUUUGCGCAAUCAUCUCAAGAGCAAAAGUUGUACCAAGAAACGUGGACCAACUGACCCUUCUUCAAGCACUGCUGAUGCUACUACGAUUCCUACGCAUGUUGCAACUGGUAAUUUGUCUAGCAGAAAAAGGAUGAGAACCACUCAGGAGUCAACAAACGUCGCCGCAGCUAACCAAAACAGUUGGAACAAGGACACAUUUCCCGAAAGGAUACAAGACAUCACUAGUCAGCUGCAAGGCAGGCGAGAUGCUAUCACAGGGCUUCUCAAGAUACUUGGGCCAGACUCUGGUGGUGCAAGUUCUAAUCACUGUCAUAUUACAAUCUCAGUUGCACGCCCAAGAACAUCAGGUCUUGUUCAAGGGAAAGUCUAUGGGAGAGCUGCAGAGAAGAGAUCCAUCAAAAAGUCGAUAGAAGAACACAAAUCAACUCAAGGUGUAACUGUUCUGCCAAUUGUAGGCAUAGGAGGAGUUGGGAAGACAUCUCUCGCUCAGCUUGUAUACAAUGAUCCAGCUUUGGAAAGACAGUUUGAUCACAAGAUAUGGAUUUGGGUGUCUAACAACUUUGAUGAAAUGAGACUCACAAGAGAUAUGUUAGAUUAUGUCUCACACGAAACACAUGAUGGCCUAUGCAGCUUUCCCGAGCUUCAGGAGGUCUUGAAGGGCCAUUUUAAAUCAAAGCGGGUUCUACUUAUUUUAGAUGAUGUCUGGGAAGCCAUGGAUGACGGCCGAUGGAACAAAUUGUUGGCUCCUUCCAAUUCUAAUGGUGCAGCUGGCAAUAUGAUAAUUCUGACAACUCGAAAACCGUCUAUUGCCAAAAGGAGGGGCACAACUGGACCAAUUAACUUACAUAGUUUGAAAAAUGAUGAUUUCUGGCUAUUGUUUAAAGCAUGUGCAUUUGGUGAUCAGAAUUACAAAGAGCAAGAAAGUCUAAAUGACUUAGGACAUGAAAUAGCAAAAAAGUUAAAAGGGAACCCAUUAGCAGCACAAACCGCUGGGCCACUAUUAAAAGAACAUCUUACUGUGGAUCACUGGAGCAACAUUCUGAAGACCGGAGGUUGGAAAUCCCUGCAACAGACCGGUGGCAUCAUGUCUUCUUUGAAGCUUUCCUAUGAUGAGUUGCCCUACCUUGUGCAACAAUGUUGCUCAUAUUGUUCCAUAUUCCCCUACGGUUAUGAAUUUCAUGCCGAGGAGCUAGUUCAUCUUUGGAUUUCACAGGGGUUUGUGAAGAGUGAUCAUUCAAGUAAUAGUUUGGAGGAGAUGGGACGGUACUAUCUGACUUACUUGGUGAACCUGGGCUUGUUUUAG